CCACCAACAAAGCACCUUCGAAAUUUCUCGAAAAUGGCAGCAAAGCCCAAAGCUAACCUUCAUGCCCUCCCAGAACUGAAGAACACAUCCGAUGAUUCUAUAGCUCUCUAUCUAAAAUCAAAAGGCUGGAAGCAAAACCACACUCUCACGGAUGUCCGCCUUGUCUUGGGCUUCUCUGCCGUCAUAAUCGCCGGAGGCACCUUCUAUUAUGAUUACACUCUCGGCUUCGAUAAGACAAAGGUCAUGACUUUAUAUGCUGUGAUCGCCUAUUUUGUCGCCAACAUAAUUCUCACAUGGUGGAUAUGGGGUAUGGAAAGCGGUAAGGUUUAUGUGGGUUCAAAAGACGGCGUCACUAUCACUAUAUCGUCACACACCGAGAAGCAUUCACCAAUCUACCAUCUCAAAAUUGUUUCUCGAUCGCCGGGACAGAGGCCUACUACGACCGAAGUAGAGAGUCCCUUCACCAGCUGGUUUGAUACACAGGGAUUCCUUGUGGAGAAGCCAUUCAUGACCUUUAUAUCAAAUUCCAUCCCCUCGAUGGCAGCAACAACCCCCGAGGGACAGCACCUAAAAUCCAAACCGAAACCGAAAAGCACGAAGAAGGCUUAAAUUGAUCGAAUCGGCUGUGUCGAGACUGAAAAUAAAAAUGGGUCUACAGAUUCCAUCACUACCGUGAAUCUAAGAACUAUAGGGUCAAUGAACAGCGUCUUGUAUUAUUAGGAGCUUGAGUAUUAUUAUUUUUACGGGAAA